CCGGUCGCGUUUGUUGUCAUCCUAAGAUGGAGUUUCUGCUGGGGAAUCCCUUCAGCACCCCGGUGGGGCAGAGCCUCGAAAAGGCCACAGAUGGCUCCCUACAGAGCGAAGACUGGACGUUGAACAUGGAAAUAUGUGAUAUCAUCAAUGAAACCGAAGAAGGCCCUAAGGAUGCCAUCCGAGCACUCAAGAAGAGGCUGAAUGGGAACAAGAACUUCAGAGAAGUCAUGCUGGCUCUAACGGUUCUGGAAACCUGUGUAAAGAACUGUGGUCAUCGCUUUCACAUCCUGGUAGCCAACCGUGACUUCAUAGACGGCGUCCUGGUGAAAAUAAUCUCUCCCAAGAACAACCCCCCCACUAUUGUCCAGGAUAAAGUUCUUGCCCUAAUUCAGGCCUGGGCUGAUGCCUUUCGAAGCAGUCCGGACUUAACUGGCGUAGUGCACAUUUAUGAAGAACUCAAAAGGAAAGGAGUGGAAUUUCCAAUGGCUGACCUUGAUGCUCUUUCUCCUAUACACACACCCCAGAGAAGUGUCCCUGAAGUCGACCCAGCGGCCACCAUGCAUACAUCCCAAUCUCAGCCAAGGAUGAGCUCCUCUUCCUAUACCUCACCUUCACCACCAGCCUACUCAGCCCCUCAAACUCCUGCACUGAACGUGACUGGCCCCAUCAUCGCAAAUACAGAACAGAUCGCACGACUGCGCAGCGAACUAGACGUUGUCCGUGGGAACACCAAAGUGAUGUCCGAGAUGCUCACAGAAAUGAUCCCUGGCCAGGAAGAUUCUUCAGACCUUGAGUUGCUCCAGGAGCUGAACCGGACAUGCCGAGCUAUGCAGCAGAGGAUUGUGGAGCUCAUCUCCCGAGUGUCCAAUGAAGAAGUCACGGAAGAACUGCUGCACGUGAAUGACGAUCUGAACAACGUCUUCCUCCGAUACGAGAGGUUUGAACGAUACCGAUUGGGCCGGUCAACGCAGAAUGCCAGUAACGGGGUUCUCAAUGAAGUGACUGAGGAUAACUUAAUAGACCUGGGGCCUGGCUCCCCAGCUGUGGUUAGCCCCAUGGUUGCAAGCACAGCUCCUCCGACAUCGACCCUUUCCACCCAACUUGCUGGGCUUGAGUUGGGCACCAACAACGUAAGUGGCACACUCAGCUCUCUUCAGCCCUCCAACCCCCGUGAUGACUUUGACAUGUUUGCACAAACGCGAGGCAAUUCAUUGGCAGAUCAGCGCAAGACCGUGACCUAUGAAGACCCUCAGGCUGUUCGAGGGCUGGCAUCUGCUCUGGACGUUCGGAAACAGACCACAGGAGGGAUUCCAGUUGCUCAGUCCUCUGUCAUGGAUGACAUAGAGGAAUGGCUAAGUACCGAUGUGAAAGGAGAUGAACUGGAAGAAGGAGUGACAAGUGAAGAGUUUGACAAAUUUCUCGAAGAACGCGCCAAAGCUGCUGAAAGGAUCCCCAACUUGCCCUCACUGCCGACAGAAGAGCCUGCUCUGCCGCCGGUGAACUUGCCCAGCAAAAAGAAGUCAGAGCGCACGGAAGAUGCCCUCUUUGCCCUGUAAUGCUUCUUCUCUUCCUGGCUGUCUGUGGAAAGAACUACAGCCAGGGCUGUCGAGUUCUCCUUAUACCUGGCUUAGCCCUCUCCUGGGCUCCGUAAACAGCCUCUUGCAGCUCUCUGAAAUGAUCCAACCCAAAUAAGCUAACUUUUAAAGAGUAUUUAAGCCCCAUCUUGUCAUACCCGUGGUUAUUCUCCAUGCUCGCUUAAUCCCCUCUGUCCCACCCCGGUCAUAAGUGCUGAGAGUCCUCGUUUUUAAAAUGAUGCAUGAGUGUUUCCCUCACUUCAAAUGUGGGAGGAGUGGUGGGGGAACAGUCCUGACUUCCGUUGAAGCUAACCUCUCCUGCAGGGCAAUCCCCACACAUGGAGUGUAUCUGAUGCAGCUGAGUAUCGGUGCCUGUUGUGCAACAAAUUGAUCUCACGUGUACACGCCAACUGCACCCCUACCUCCCUUUCCGUACGGCUACUUUGGUGUCAGCUGCCCUUGCUAUCAGUGGUAGCCUUUUGAUCCUGCUCAGUUUUCUUCCAACUAGCUUUCCGGUGAAGAUUGUAAACUGCAGGGAGAAUUACAGCAUCUGAGACGUGGGCAAAGUCUCUCUCUUUGUGAGAGGAGAACUUUCAGCUAAAAGGCUUGCCAAAGGUACUUUCCUAGGCGAGGACACAAGUGAGUAGUCUCCCAGUAGGUCUGGGCCAGCUCACUCGCUGUUUGGCCGCCUCCAUGCUUGGACUUGUCAGGGCAGAGUUAGAACAUAUUUUUCUGGUGUAGUGGGGUGGCCUUCCCACAGUUCCUUGCGAGAAAGCCUGCCAAAUAGAGGUAGAAAAGGAGGAGGUCUUCUCUUGAGAGCGUAGCUUGCUGUUUGUGGGUAUUGUUGCAACAACAUAGCAAUAUGUUUUGGACCCGACUUGUAUGUGGGGGGUGUGGUACGGUUGUGCUUCUCCUCCUCUUUCCUGGUAUUGUUGGAUGACUGAGUCUUACGGCACAUGCUUUCCAUGGGAAGGCUUCCUGUGUGGACAUCACUGGAAGUGUUUUGAUGUGGGAAUGCCCCACAUUGCAUGAGAUGGCAACGCAUCCAAACAUUGCUGGCAUGGAAUGUGAGAUCCAGUCUCAGGAGAGUGGCAGCUAUAAAUGGCAUUUAAGUUCAGAAAGAUGUGGAACCAUGAGGCCGUUCUUGGUUUUGCAUGCAUGGGAUCAAAAAGAAUGGAGCCUCUGAUCCUGUAUCUUAGGCAUUUGACUUGUGCAUUCCAUAUAGCCAGGUUGCUAGAGCCUUACUUUCAGCCAUUGGUCUGGAGGAGGCACUUGCUUGACUGCUGAUGUUCCGAUUGUACCUUGGCCAUGUGAUUACUCUAUACAGCGGGUUUUUUUCUUUCGGGGAAGGGGUGUGUGGGAUUGUGUGUAAUGCCUUCAGAAGUCACAUUGAUCAUUGGAGGCCCUGCUGUUGCCAAGUGCCCCAGUUUGCUUUGGAAAGAGAACUGCAUGACCUAAAAGCAGAAACAACAAAACCAGUUGUGCCAGUUCCAUCCCAUCUGGGUUCUGCUCAGAAAUCCACCACCCAGAAGAAGGAAACCAGAAGGGAGUGUGGGUAGAUAGUGGUGACCUCUUUGGGUGGGAUGGACAAGGAUCCUCUUCAGUCAAGGUUAGGUGGGAAGAUAAGCAGCUUGCAGCUGGUGGUGCCCUUGGCCCCCAGCCAGGUGGGCAAUUUGCCUUGCACCUUGCAAGUCGUUCAAGAGCAAGCCUGAUUUAACUGGGGAAGAUGUACAAGCAGUAGCCCACCUUCACAUCAUCGUUUCUAGGGUACCUUUCCAAAAUGGUUCUUGAGCUGCUGCAGUACUUUCCAUGAUGGGUGACGUUAUUACCUUUUUAGAGAGAGAGAGACUUGAGACAGUUUCCCUGUUUUGAAGCCAGAGCCCACAUGGUCAUGUAAACUGGGCCUAGUUUCUGAUUUCAGACUACCUGAUGACUCAAGGAAGGCCUUCAAAGGUGUGGUUGGGUGGUGGAGUGGAAGAGGCUGAGGGUAGGGGAACCCAAAGAACAGAGGGUUAUGAUGGAAGGUGGGGUUGCUCUGGACCAAACCAGGAAAGGCCAGUCCAAACCAGUGGCAUGUUAUAGCUCAGAGUUGUCAUUAGGAUAAGAGGGAACAUGGUUUGUUCAGCAGCAAGCGGUCGGUUCAUAGGAGUGCAAUGGCUGCUAGACAUUUACCCAAAGAAGGUUAGAAAGAUGAACCUCUGCUCUGCCACAGGAUGCAAUCCAGUGACCGUUGAUCUUGUAUUCAUAGUGUGGUUCCUGUGUUGGGGCCUUACCUAAAUUUUGCAUGGAGAAUAAGUUGUUCUGUGAAACGCAUAUCCCCCCUCCCCUUUCUAACAUUGCUCUUAUUCUCCCACCCUUUCCCCAAAAUGACUUCCCUGUGUAUGCUACCGUCCUGCGAAACAAUAGGCGUCCCAAAGGGUGAGACCUUUUAUAAAACAGGACAGUUGCUAGCAUGGUAUAAGGGAUUCCCCUCCACCUCCAGCAGCUCCCUAUUGCAAGUGUUGUGAGAGCUGAUAAUGCUUUGAUUUCUGCUGACCCAAGUUUUCUGCCACCUAGCAGAUGCGAAAGCCUCCUAGCAUUCCCUUGUAUCUCAGCGAUCCCCUCUGUUUCUUUGCUGUCUUCAUUAAGUGAUGUGCUGAAUUGUCAAGAUAUUGUUUCUAGUUCCAUCUCAGUGGCAGGGAGGUCUUUAGUAUACUUUGCUUCCCCUCCUCCCUUCCCUGUCCCAUAUCUUCAGGCACAAAAAAGUAAACAGGUCAGCUAUGAUACUAGGAAUCAAAAGGGAAAGUUUGCUCCUCUCAGGCUAGAAACGGUUUUUUCCUGGCAAGGGAGCUUGAGUCUCUUGGUCAGGCAGCACUGCUCUCUGUUACUAAUUGCUAAAUAAUGUUAAAUUAUUGCUGAAAACCCCUUCUUUAAACACUAACUUAGGUUUAAAAUAUUUAUUUGGGCCUCUUCCUAUGGGAAAUUCUCCUGCCUUUGGCCUCUUGAAAUGAAUGGGAGAUGCUACUGGCUCGUCUCUAUUUCAGCGGGGUAGGCACAGGGGAACGUCUCACUGGAUCAAGCCUCAGUUGUUACUGCUGUAUUCCACUCCACUGUUGUUGUAUCUUUAAUUGCCUUUGUUAACACCUCUGUGUGCUAAGAUUUUUUUUUUAAAAAAAAGUUUGAUUUGGGCGUGUCACCUUUAUUUCUUUUGAAAAAAUUGCCACGUGUAGAUCUAUCUAGAACAAGUGCAAUACCUAAUCUGCUUUUACAAACCCUUGGGACUAUACAAAUAUUCUAAUUAAAGAGAGAAACAUGCUAUAUCCAGCUGGGAAAGGUGUCUGUUUGCCACAGUCAUUGAGAAGCCAACGGACUCUUUCUCUUUUUUCAUCCGGGGAAGGAAACUGGACGCCCCCUCCAGAUUUUUACAUUGCGUUAAGGGGCGCUCUUGGCCAUUUCCCCUGCAGAAUGCCACCUUCUUUCCCUUUCCCAAGCUGGAGGUGCUGAUUUCAAGAUACCCGCUGCUUGCUUCUCUGGGGCAAACCUCAGUCCUGCUGUUUGCUAGAGAAACCACUGCCUACUUGGUGCUGUUGGCACUGCCCUGGAAAGGAGGCUGCGCUGCUCGCAUUCGUUCUGCUCCUUCUUGAGUCCUCUUGCAUGUGAUGACAAAUUUGAACUGCUUUCAUGCUAAUUUCAGAUUGGAGGUUUAAGUAGAGGAAUUUACUCAUGAACAAGACCAGAUUUGCUCCUUUGGAUCUCCUCCUGAUGCCUCCCCAGCCUGGAAAACCGAGCUUGGAACCUCUCUUGGAAGAGUGUUGCACAUUCCCCAGACCAGUCUGUGUGACAUGAGGCAAGCUGGUUUUUUCAGCCAAUGGAGGCAGUCCUAGAAGUAUUGACUUGGCUUUGAAUGCAAGAUGUGGCAAAAGCCAUCAAGAGGAAGACCGUUCCUUUCCCUCAAUUCUCCAGUGGUGUCCACCACGAGCAUCCCGUUUUCACACGUUCAGAGUUGGACUAGCCUGGACGGUCACAGUUGGCUAGGAACAUGCUGAACUGAGCCCCAGUGGUGUUGGCUUCGACCCAGCUGGGGUGGCAAAUAUAUUCCUUCCUCCCAUGCCAUUAGCGUCCAGGCUCGAGCAGAGCAGCUGGCUGAGUCCCAGCCAUCAGAAAUAGGUGAAAAAAAUGACAGACCUGUCGUCCUUGCCACUGGCUACUCCAUCUGGCUUUCCCUGGGGUUGUUCUGCCAUCCCAACCCCAAAGAGACUUCCCACAUUGACACCUGCAGAUGGCGGAAACCAUGCCUGAAUCUGUAAUCCAAAACCGGCUACUGCUUUUUAAACAUAACUGCCCAGGGAGUGGAUUGCCUAGAAAUUCCCCUCUUUUCUGUAUGAAAUUUCAAAACCUUUGCCUUUCCCCCUUUAGGCAUGCAGUGACUGAACCUAUAGCCAUCUAGAUGAAAAAGAAUAAUAAAAACUGGAUUUGUGGGUCCCAUCUCUGUUACAACCACACAUUCCGUUUCCUGGCCGCUCUUUCUGCAUCACAAGUAAAUGCUUCAACAUGGUAUAUCCUAUCCAUUAGGAUUCUUUUUAAUGUGCAAUUUCUUUUUACCCCCUCCCCAUCUGCUAACAGUUACAUCCCACCAGACUUUAUGUCAUAACCUACUUUGUAGCAUCUCCCUUUGUAUGUUUAAAGCUCUAGGCUUGUCUGGAUUAAAAGAUGGAUAAUAUUUAUUUACUGAAAACAUUUACAUGUUUUUGUUUUGUUUGUUUGGGUGAGAAGGCUGUGGAGGGGGAAAAGGGAAUUUUUUUAAUGUAAAAAAAGCACUGUAAAAAUAAUUCUUAAACUCCUUUAAUUAUGUUGGCUUCUCCCCGCCCUCCUCAUUCAUGAUGAUGUCUUGAUGUGGGCAAAACUCAUGGGUGGUAUUUUUUGUUUUGCAUUAAGGAUGUGUAACUAAUCCCCUGUCACUUAACAUUUUCUCUUGUUCCAGAAAUCACCCUCGUCUCUCUGUACAUUUUUGGUUCUUGCAUGUGAAAUAGUCAAAUAAAAGAACUUUAGUGCAUACAGUA